ACUUUCUUCUCGACUCUCUUUACCCGUGCCUAGCACGGUCAACCUCUCGUAUGUGCAUAUACGAGCAUAACUUGGGGCAGGUAUCGCUCAAGCUCGUGGGAAGUUGUUCAAUCUGUACAACCAUUCGCUAUCAAAGAUGCUGAAUCGAGACCGUCCCACAUGCUCCCGCAUUCAUGGGGCCACUGCGGGCGGGAUGCCGCCCACGCUGUAAUCGCGGAGGAACUGACACGACAUAACGUCACGGAGAGAAAGGGCGAUAGUUAUGCACAGGUGUGACUAGGCACAUUGGGUAUAUAGGCAGUGCCUAAGCGGGCGUCCUGGGCACGGUAUUGAUGCUACCAUGCAGAACGAUGCUUCCGAGCUUCCAGCGUACUCUCCGCCAGAGGGCUCUCCCUCGACGCCUCAGGUCCCCAGAGAGCUCGUUACGCACACAUAUCCGCUGUCUACUAAGCAGAGGAAACCAUGGGCCGAGCUAGUUGUUCAGAGCAAGGCUCCAUCUUCCCAACAACUUCCUCGGUUGCUCGAGGGCGAGCCAGUAUCAGGCUGGGUUAAAAUCGAUUUGUCAGAAGAGAUGUCGAUGAAAUCUGUGACUGUGACUGUCAUGGGCGAACUGAUCAGCGACGCGAAUGCGAGAUAUGUGUUCGCUGAAGAUAGCCGCGUGCUAUGGGUGGCCCCGGCACAGAGCGAGAGACGGUCCAUUACACCCAGAUCCUUAUUCUACAAGGGAAAGCUCAAGGGUAGCUUUACCUGGCCUUUUACACUGGGGUUGCCGCGUACUGUGGUGCUUCCGGAUGGCAAAGGGCCUUCCAGGAUCUUCACCCUUCCUUGUUCCUUUUCCACGCGGUAUGUUAACGUGACAAUCCUUUAUCGUAUAGUGGUCAUCAUCGACCACGGCUCAAUGUUGAAAGCUGAUCGCAUUCUUGGCACGAAUUGCUCGUAUACAGCGAAGACUCAACCAAGUCCACCAUCCAUUGCACGUCAGCUUGCUUAUCAGGAACAGUCACCGCUCAUGGGCCCGGACGGCGACCCAGAAGGCUGGCGCACUUCCCCUCCCGUCGUAGUUCGUGGUACAGCCUUCAACACACGAAAAGUUGAGAUUGUUUACACACUCUCGCUCGCUAACCCGCUUUCAUAUGCGCGAGGGAGUGUCAUACCUCUCCAUUUAAAAAUUGAAUGCUCAGAUAUGCAAGUUCUCUUCCUCGUGACAUCGCCAAACGCACCCGUUGUAUAUUUGAUGCGCACAUUAUCGUCAGGCUACGACCCGGUCGGCGGUAAUUUUAGUGCAGGCCCGCAGGCAGAGGGCAAGAUAUACCUCUCUAGGGCGAAGACGAUAUCGACGACCACUCCGAUAAGGAUGACAGAGCGUGUACAGAAGGCCGGCUGGUGGUCGCUUCCGACGUACGGGGACAGUAUGGCUUGCAUAGACCGCGUGCUGCAGGGCGAGAUACACCUGCCCGGGAAUCUCCAUGCCACUGCGCACCUCGGCCGCUACGACUACUUCGCAUCUCCGCAGUACGAAGUCGCAAUGUAUCCCCCGGAAAUUGCGGGCUUCACCGCGACCGCGAGCAGCAGGCUGCAGACUACUCCUGUCGACAUCUGCACGAUGUACGCAGACGGGCCGCGUCCUGUUGCAUGCUCACCUCCAGUAUAUGAUGAGAUUGUACGGGUCGUUGAGGAACCUGGAGCCUGAUACCACGAGUGGUACGAUUGAUCCUCUCGUCUU